AUAUCUAUCUCAACCCCGUCAUACCUUCUCUCUCUAUAUAAACAUUGCCCGUUUCGACUUGUGUUGCAUCACAUUCGGGAUCGAUGUUGGAUAGCAUUCUUGUUACAAAAUAAAAAUUCUGCCUUCUAUACCAGUAUUUUUUUUUCUCCCACAAAGUCUUCAAACCGGCCAACUGGAAGGUUGUACUUCUUUGUCAUGAAAAAGUGUUUGUAGAUGCAAUUGAUAACCAUAAUUGAACUACCUCCGUUCCUAUGAAUAAGCUGCACAAGCAUUUCAAGACAAUCGUUAACCAAAAGAAUUGAGAAAGAAUAUCUCGUUCAUAUAUUACAUAAUUGAUAUUGUUAGAUUUCUAAAAAAACACUUUUCAAUGAUACCAAUACUAUAUCAAAUAUUUUUUCUAUACAUGGGGCAAUUUUUGGUCAAAGAAAAAUUAAAAAAACAGGCACGCCUUAUUCAUUUGAAUGGAGCGAGUAGUAGACUACCACACCUAGUGGCCGAACUAAGCAUGGGCUCUAUGGCACCAAGAAGAAUUGAGAAUUAAAAAUGAUAGGGGCCUAGUUGGGCCUUGAUUUCAAGCAUAGCAGAAGAUAUCAAGUUUGUAGUUUGUUACAGUGUAUUACCCAAAUUAGUGAUUGUUAGAGGUUUUUCUGAGCACACUCAUUAUCUACACAUCCAUAUUUGUGCUUUGCAUGUCUGCAUCGAGAUCUGUGCUAGCUCAUUUAUUUCUCUUUUUUGUUCCUCUAAAAUAAAUCAGCAGUAUUCUUGAAAUUUUGCAGAUUCGUGAAACAUUAGAACUUAAGUGUGGAGAAAAUAGUUCGAAUUUUUCUGAUAUCAUUUUGGAAGAAAUAAAAAAGAGAAACUUGAAAAAGGGUGCGGGUGUAGGUACAACUUCUCCUAGCUUGUAGCUCGCGGGCAGUGAUCAUGGACACCACCACGAAAGCAGCCUUCAUGAAUUCUAAGCUGCUAGCACUUGCGUCAUCUGGCUCUUAUGUGAAACUAAGAUACCUUCUUGACUGGCAAGACAUAGAAGCCGAUGGAUUGACGCUCCUGGAGGGAGUAACAGCUGAAGGUGACACUGCACUCCAUGUGGUGGCUGCAUAUGGCCAGGGUUCUACCUUCUUGCCCAGGUACAAAAAAUUAAUUAGUUCCAAUGAGAAAGACACGCUUCAUACCCAAGAACAUUAUGCUGAACGCGAAGCAUUCGAUGCCAUAUAUGGCGAUGGUGAGAAUUUCCUGGAGAGUGCUAAGAUCAUCUACGAGAAAGCGAAGCACCUCCUCCUCAAGCCGAACAAGGAGGGUGACACGCCUCUGCAUUGCGCUGCACGGUCAGGGAAACGUAGCAUGGUCUCUUGUCUCAUUGAUCUCGCUGAGGACGACAAGUUGGAACUUCUGCGGAAAGAAAACAAGAACAGGGAAACAACCUUGCAUGAGGCUGUCCGCGUUGGGAACAAAGAUAUAGUUAAGCUGCUACUGGAGAAGGACUCGGAAUUGGCCAAUAUUCCUGAGGACGCCGCAUCACCUCUGUACCUAGCCAUAGUGCUAAAACAUGAUUCAAUCACGGAGAUGAUCUAUAGUAACAGUGAUAAGAAGAAGCUUUCCUACUCAGGACAAAAUGGGCAAAAUGCAUUGCAUGCUGCCAUUCUCCGAGACGAAGAUCUUACAAAAAAAUUGUUAGAAUGUAACAAGGACCUUACCACACAAAGGGAUGAAAAUGGGAGUACACCUCUUCAUUUUGCGGCAGCAGUAACACUUGGGCCAUUCGGGAGUUCAGUCGUUUGUAAGGAAGUAUUGAGAGCUGAUGCUGAUGCCUUAUAUCAACCAGACCAUGCUGGCUUAUUCCCCAUACACGUCGCUGCCUCCGUAGGUGCUCUUGGGAACAUCCACUGGUUUUUUUACCAGAGACCCAGUAGCGUCGGUUUGCGUGAUUCUAAGGGGAAGACAUUCCUUCAUGUUGCUGUUGAGAAAAACAAAAUGUGCAUAGUCUAUUGGGCCUGCUGGGAACCUUCAGUAUCAUGGAUUAUGAAUAUGCAAGACGAUGAUGGAAACACCGCACUUCACCUAGCUGUGGAGGCAGGGAGCCUUCGUAUGUUUUGUUAUUUAUUGGGGAAUCGACAAGUAAACUUAAAUUUAGUAAACAGAAAAGGGAGAACUCCACUAGAUAUAGCACAAUCUAAGAUUCCCCAAGGAGGAUUGUAUUCUCAGCAGAAUAGCGAAGCACUAAUAUUCCGUGAACUCGGACUUGCUGGUGCUAUGAAGGGUGUUCGUCGUACGGAUCGCUUGGAUGAUAUCGAUACUAGUAGAGUAAGAGAUGAUGGAAUUGACAUAAUCGAGGUGCUGAAAGACUCGACGCAAACUCUGUAUAUCGGCUCAGUUCUUAUAGCAUCGGUGACAUUUGGUGCAACUUUUGCUGUGCCUGGAGGUUAUAUAGCUGAUGAUCACACGAAUGGAGGCACUCCAAUAUUUUCUCGGACAUAUGCUUUUGACGCAUUCGUCGUUUCCAACACAUUGGCCUUCAUUUUUUCGGUGACGGCUACCAUUGCUCUCAUGUAUUCUGGAUCUCCUAUGCAUAACCGUGAAAGUCGCAAAGUCCACUUCCACAUAGCCGCAUACUCCCUCGCACUUUCGGUUAAAUGCUUGGCAUCUACCUUUGCACUUGGUGCGUAUGUGGUGCUAGCUCCGGUUGCUCAUAGAACUGCAGUUGCAACAGGCGUCCUGAGUUGUCUUGUUCUGCUAUAUGACAACCUGGACUUUGUCUGGAGACGCCUUCUUCUUCUAGCAGCGGCACGUAAAAGAAAGGGGCCAAUUUCCGCGUUGCUAUGGUUCACAGGUUUUUUAGUGGCUAAUUCUCUAUUCAGCUUUUGGCCAUUGAUAUUUAUCUUUGGUUGGGCCGCAAAUGCAAGCCCCACUCCAAAAAUGGAGCCCUGAAGAAGGAUCAACAAAUAUGUGGUCACACCAGACGAGACAUGAAGCAGUAGCAUUCUUAUAUUUAGUAUAAGAUGUGCUUUCUGCCUGCCCGCGGCAAAAAUGUAUCUAUCACCUGCAUUAGUAUGAUUUUUGAGACACUUGAUUGAAUAUGAUGUUUAUCCCUUGCAAUUCGUGCCAGAGUUAUUGUGCUGAUAAUAAUGUAAAUGGUGAUUUCUUUAUUAGCCUACAAAUGCUUUUGUAUGUUUGGAUAAUAAUUUUUUAAUAUUA